AUGUACACGAGCGAUCAGCUCACCUAUCCCGCGUACGUUUAUCGUCUACCGGGACAAGUGACACUCUGCUCCACGACCAAGCACCUGAUUGCCGUGCUGGACCAACAAAACCUCUCCAUUCUGAUGCGUCAUUAUGCACAUUCCAAUCCGAUUGGUCGACUCAAUGAGCAGUCCAGUUUUCUUAGCUCCAUGAAUUUGCACGGUAAACUGGAUGGAGAAGUACUUCAGUUGUUCCCACUAACCUGGCCACAAAAAGGAAGCGAACUGUGGAGUCUAAGACAAACUGUUCGAGAUGUGUUGUACAGCAUUUAUCCGAGCUGGUCACAACAAUCGCACAGUUCAUUCAAAACAACAGUACAUAUGGAAUCCAUUUUACUGGCACUCAGAAGUCAAAGUGUCUCUUGGUCCAGUCUAUCCGAACUGGAAGACCGUCUGCUUAGGAUGGCUGGUCUGUUCAUGUUGCACAACCAAUUCGAUUCGGAGCUCCGUGUCCCGUACAGUGACUUAAAUCCGGAUCAGCCUUCUGCGGGAUCGCUUCCGCUCUGGGUCUUGAUCACCAGCAAAGCGAUCUAUUUGACUCACUUCAACAUAAUGCUGGAAGACUGGAUUCUGCAAUUACUAACCGAUAAACAAUACGAUCAAGCUUGGCAUGUUUGUGUUGGUUUGCAUUUGAACAGUGUUCAACUGUUUGCAAAAUCUGCUUGUCAAGCAAUCUCCGACAAACAAGGUCUGACUCGCCAGAUCCCACAGCACAUGCAGGUUCGGGUGCUUUCGUCUGCUCAAACAGUGCAACAAACACAUCAACUUUGUCUGGACAAUAUGUGUAUCUGGCCAGGUGCACGUAUGUCCUUGGCUGUUGGUUUACACAGCGAUCUGAGGACGAAUUGCACACUAUGGUCCAUUCGUAAUGGACACGACGUGGAUUCAGUCAGAAUUUUGAAUAUAACCAUCCUACGUCUAUUCGCCCGGUUACUGGGCCCCAACACUGAGUGUUUAUGUCUGGCCAACAAUUCUAGUCUGUGGCAAAAUAUUCAGAAGCUCGGAUUCCAAAAACAAUUCUUGAAAUUUCUAUCCAAAGCUUCCAUCAUCCCACCUUCGAUGGCAAUAGACAUACUACUGGAAAAAGAAGCAUUGAAUGAAGCCAUUUUCUUCUCCAUGGGGUGUAUUUCACGAACCGGAACCAUUUGGUACUGGAAUUCUCUCGAAAUCGAGAAUAACAAUGUGCCUACAGAACAUUGUGAAUACACUUAUGCAGAUGCCAAAGUUCAUCUUUUGGAUACCAGUGAGAUUCUACUUCAAGGCAGUCAUCCGAUCAAGUUCACUAUAUGGUUUGGAGCCAUCAAAGAACUGGAACUUCCUCCAACAGUUCUUCACGGUGCCCUACAGCUGGUAAUGCAAGCUUUCUUCCAUUUUUUGGCGUACAUACGAACAAAUAAGAACGAGUCCAGUGGAUUUAUUGAAACGGAUAAGUUCAUAAACAUAUUUGAUAUUUACGCUGACCGAAUUGCGCUACACGAACCGAAAAAGGCUCUGAUAGUUGCCCAUAUGAUGCUUCACUACUUACGUGAUCAGCAUUUGUCUCCAGUGCUUGUCUUGCCCACAUUUGCAAAACAUCCGCAGCUGUAUGCUCGAUUCCUGCUCCAACAACUGUCUGACGACUUAGUGAAGAUGCCCAAUUCUUUCGACUUGGCUCGUAUCCUUCGUGCCGCCCUCGUGCCGACGGAUAGGAGCGAAUUGAACUCCACCUGUUUCAGACCAAUCCACUUGGAUCCAACGAAUGUGAACACACAUAGUUCGUCAUCGAACUCCGAAGACGAAAAUUUUGUGAUAUUUUCUCAAUGCGGGCAUCGACUCUCCGUAGAUCCCAUCCGAGGGCCUCGAGUGGACCAAGCAGUUUGGGAUGGAUUUGCUGCCCUUGGUCUGAACCGGACGGCCGAAUUGAUGAAACGUAUGCUGACUUGGUCUCCGAUUGUACCAACCUGCCCGAUUUGCCUGUUUCAAAAUAAAGGAUUUUGA